UUGUAGCCGCUCACACGUGGGUGUAUAGGUCCAUCCAUCCCGACCUUGUCCUGUGAGCGCAGCCCCCUCCUCCAGACCACUUCCAGUCCGCUCGAGGGCAGAAGAAGUUCUUGCAGGACUCCGGGGGCAAGCGGCUGCUCACUUUCUCAUCCUCAACACAGAGUCAAUCACUGACGUUGCUGCACUCAUGGCUGUAGUGAGGUUCUACAGUAACGAAGCUCUGAAUGGACGAGCCUUACAGAGGGCAGCCAAGCUCUACCCACAUCUGUCAGUCUCAGCUGAGCUGUGCUACAACGUGGAGCUGACAGGCAGCGGGAGUCUCAGUGCUGAACAGAAGGAGGUUCUCCUCUGGUUGUUUCGUCCCCCGCUGCAGGCAGAGCCUCUGUCUGAGAAACCCAGCCUCACCGAGGGCAGCGGGGAGACACUGGUGGAGAUCGGACCCAGGUUGAACUUCUCUACCGCCUGGUCCACUAACGCCGUGUCCAUCUGCCAGAGCGCCGGCCUCACUAACGUCACACGGGUGGAGCUGUCGCGCAGGUUUCUCAUCAAGCCCAAGAAUGGAGAGGAUGCGAAGAAGCUCAGCGGAGACGUAAAGCAGCUGACCGAGUGUCUGUAUGACAACAUGACGGAGUGCAUCUACCCACAUCCCAUCACCUCCUUUGCUGUGGAAACCAAACCACAGCCUGUGUUCGAGGUGGACAUCUUGGGGAAGGGUCGUGCAGCCUUGGAGGCAGCGAAUGAUGAUUUGGGUUUGGCUUUCGACUCCUGGGAUCUGGACUAUUACACAUCGCUGUUCCAGAGGAUUAAAAGGAACCCUACCAGUGUGGAGUGUUUUGACUUGGCCCAGUCCAACAGUGAGCACAGCCGUCACUGGUUCUUCCGUGGGCGGAUGGUGAUCGAUGGGCAAGAGCAGAAGGAGACUCUUUUCAGCCUCAUAAUGGACACUCAGCGGCACAGCAACCAGAACAACGUCAUCAAGUUCUGCGACAACAGCAGUGGAAUCAAAGGCACGGAGCUUGAAUUUGUUUAUCCAAAAGACCCCUGCCAAGCAAGCCCGUAUGAGACACGGCGCUCUCUACGACAUGUCAUCUUCACUGCAGAGACGCACAACUUCCCAACUGGCGUCGCACCGUUCAGUGGCGCCACCACAGGGACUGGAGGUCGAAUCAGAGAUGUCCAGAGUGCUGGGCAAGGAGGCCACGUCAUCGCUGGCACCGCAGGAUACUGCUUCGGAAACCUGCACGUACCAGGUUACAUUCUCCCGUGGGAGUUUGAAGGAGAGGGAUGGGAGUAUCCUUCCAGCUUCGCUCCUCCGCUGCAGGUUGCCAUCGAGGCCAGUGACGGAGCGUCAGACUACGGAAACAAGUUUGGAGAACCCGUCCUGUCAGGUUUCGCUCGUUCCUUCGGCAUGAGGCUACCUAAUGGAGAGCGGCGGGAGUGGAUUAAGCCGAUCAUGUUCAGUGGAGGUCUCGGCUCUAUUGAAGACACACAUGUGAAGAAAGAGGAGGCGGAGCCUGGAAUGGAGGUGGUGAAGAUCGGAGGGCCCGUGUACAGGAUCGGUGUGGGAGGAGGAGCGGCCUCCUCUGUUCAAGUCCAAGGGGACAACUCCAGUGACCGGGAUCUGGGGGCAGUCCAGAGGGGAGAUGCUGAGAUGGAGCAGAAGAUGAAUCGGGCUCUCAGGGCAUGUCUGGAAAGAAAGAACGGGAACCCAAUCUGCAGCAUACACGAUCAGGGGGCAGGAGGAAAUGGUAAUGUGCUCAAGGAGCUCAGUGAGCCAGCAGGAGGCGUCAUCUACUGCAGUAGAUUCAAGAAAGGUGACCCCACAUUGAGUGUGAUGGAGCUGUGGGGGGCAGAGUAUCAAGAGAGCAAUGCCCUUCUGCUGCGUCCAUCAGACAGGUCCUUCCUGGAGAGGGUGUGUCAGAGAGAGAAGUGUCCUGUUGACUUUGUGGGGAGCAUCACAGGAGACGGCAAGAUUGUGCUGGUUGAUGAUGUGGGGGCCGGUGGCGAACAGACAGACAGGGGGCGUCACCCUGUCGACCUGCAGCUGGAGUGGGUUCUGGGGAAGAUGCCACAGAAGGAGUUUAAGAUGGAGCGUCUGGCCUCGACCCAUCAGCCACUGACUCUUCCUGCUGGGCUGACAGUCAAAGAUGCUCUUGAAAGAGUUUUACGUUUACCUGCUGUGGCAUCAAAGCGCUACCUGACCAACAAGGUGGACCGGUCUGUGACUGGGCUAGUUGCCCAGCAACAGUGCGUCGGCCCCCUUCACACCCCAUUGGCCGACGUGGCUGUUGUUGCUCUGUCACCAUUUGGCCUGGAGGGAGCAGCAACAGCCAUCGGGGAGCAGCCAAUUAAAGGGCUGGUCUGUCCUGCAGCCGGGGCUCGCAUGGCUGUUGGAGAGGCUCUGACCAAUCUGGUGUUUGCCAGAGUCACGGCGCUGAAGGAUGUGAAGUGCAGUGGUAACUGGAUGUGGGCUGCCAAGCUGCCUGGUGAGGGGACAACCCUGUGGGAGGCCUGCAAAGCCAUGUGUGAGGUCAUGGGUCAGCUGGGAGUGGCUGUCGAUGGAGGCAAGGACUCUCUGAGUAUGGCUGCUAGAGUGGGGAAAGAGACAGUCAAAGCUCCAGGUGCUCUGGUUAUUUCAGCAUAUGCUGUAUGUCCUGACAUCACUGCCACUGUGACGCCUGAUCUGGAGGAUCCAGAUGGCAAAGGCGUGUUGUUGUGGGUUCCUCUCAGUCCAGGCCGUCAUCGGCUCGGAGGCUCUGCCCUGGCUCAGUGCUACAGCCAGCUGGGAGACUGCUCCCCUGACCUGGACCAGCCAGAACUAUUGAGCGCCUGCUUCAACACCACUCAGGAACUCAUACGAGAAAAUCUCCUGAGUGCAGGACAUGACAUCAGCGAUGGAGGCCUCAUCUCCUGCCUGCUAGAGAUGGCGUUCGCAGGAAACCGUGGAAUUGCCGUAGAGUUGUCAUCACAAGGAGCUGGAGUCAUGCAGCUGUUGUUCAGCGAGGAGCUGGGUUUGGUUCUGGAGGUUUCACACUCUGAUUUAGAAACUGUGUGCCAGAGAUACAGCGAUGCAGGUUUGCAGUGCUGUCGCAUCGGCACGGUCUGUGGCUUUGGACCAGAGGCUGUGGUCAGUGUCCAUGUGGAUGGACAGGAGGUGCUGAGAGAGCUGUUGCCUAAUCUCAGAGCUCUUUGGGAGGAAACCAGUUUCCAGCUGGAGCGCCUCCAAGCCAACGAGCUCUGUGUUAAGCAGGAAGAGGAGGGGCUGGCUCGGAGGACACAGCCGCACUUCAAACUGACCUUUGACCCUUCAGAAGCACCAAGUAUCAGCCACAUUUCUGCAGGGCAGCCUCGCGUAGCCGUGAUCCGAGAGGAGGGCAGUAACGGAGAUCGAGAGAUGUCCGUUUCUCUGUAUAUGGCUGGCUUUGAGGUUUGGGAUGUCACUAUGCAGGACCUGUGCUCUGGCUCUCUGACCCUGGAGCCUUUUAAAGCUGUCGUGUUUGUCGGGGGAUUCAGCUACGCAGAUGUCCUGGGGUCAGCUAAAGGCUGGGCUGCUACUGUUGCCUACAAUCCCAAAGCCAAGGCUGAAUUUGAUCGCUUCCGGCAGCGAGACGACACAUUGAGUCUGGGUGUGUGCAACGGCUGUCAGCUGCUCGCCCUGCUGGGCUGGGUGGGGGAGAGUGAGGAUGGAGCAGAAUCUGAAGUGGUGCUGACCCAUAAUAAGUCUGGCAGGUUUGAGUCUCGGUUUGUCAGUGUUGGGAUCCAGGCGUCCCCGUCUAUCUGGCUCAGAGGCAUGGAGGGCUCUGCUCUGGGAGUCUGGGUGGCACAUGGAGAAGGCCUGAUGCAAUUCCGCAGCUCCCGUUCCCAGGACCUGAUUAUUUCUGGAGGACUCGCUCCCCUCCGUUACCUCGACGACCAGGGUUGUCCUACUGAGGAGUACCCCCUGAACCCAAACGGCUCCCCGCAGGGAAUUGCAGGGCUCUGCUCCAGGGACGGAAGACACCUGGCCAUGAUGCCCCACCCGGAGCGCUGCACGCUGGGCUGGCAGUGGCCGUGGGCGCCGAGGGACUUCAGGUCUUCUCUGACGCCUUCACCCUGGCUACACAUGUUCAAGAACGCAGCUGCCUGGUGCAGCAACACUGAGACAUAGUAGCUGUUUUACAUGUGUUUAAGUCAUGUCAACUCAAACUGUAAGGCCUGUUUACAUUGUGCCAUACCUCUUUGUACUAAUGUGGUGCUACUGCUAAUGGUUGACUUCAAGACUAUCACUCGAUACAUUCCUCAGAUUUAACCCACUCGCCAGUCACUGUAUAGUUGACAAAACUGCACUACUCAGCUGACAGUAGAAUUGUUACUUUUCUGAAACUGAACUGGAAGCGGAACUGAACUUGCUAAUAAAUAAAUGACUAAAACAGAA